AACUUGGUCGUGGAGGGGAAUCCAGGCAUUGGGAAGAGCCGAUUUUACGUCUACUGUGCCUCUCGCUUGAUUCGUGGUCUAGUGGAUGAGGAAAUGAAGGCGCACAAGUACACCUUGGUGCUCAACUUCGGAAAGAAUUACCUCACUUACCUAUGGAGAGAGAAGGCAUUCAUGAGAACGACCGAGGAUGAGGUUGAGAAGCUUACACUCAGUACCUCUGUCUUGCGCUUAGUCAAGGACAACUCGUCCAUGCUUGUGGGCUGGAACGGCGUGUCGAUUCUUUUCACUUCACCAACGCUGGCCCAACUUAAAGACUACAAGAAAGGGACAAAUUGUAAGUCGUUCAUCGCCCCUAUGUGGGAACUGACUGAGCUCCGAGCGUGCAAUGCGAUCGCGGAUGAAGCGCACCGACUGUCCGAUGAUGAGCUGGAGUCGAGGUUUGUGAAGUGGGGCGGAAAUCCAAGAUUUGUUUUUGACGAGACUCCCGGCAAGGUCGACGCGAUGAUUAACUCGGCGAUUGCAUCUUUUCGCGCUCAGGAUGUUUUCAAUUGCUCGAGCAAGAGCAACCCUCUAGAGCCCAGCACGUAUAGCCACUGCGUGGCUGCUAUGGUCCCCACGUCUCCUGAUUAUCGAACAUUUUACGUUCGUUUCAAAAGUUGUCGCGGCCAAAGUUAUUGA